AUGGCUCAGCCCAACUCUGAUUUACGAUCCAGGCUUGCCAAGGUCGAGCGCCCGCAAGAACUACCGUGGUAUCUGAAUGAAUUUGAGGAAGUCCCCGAGCCAGCAAAGACAAUUCUUCUAAACUACAGCAAUAUCCCGCCUGAUAAUGUUCUACAACAUGUAAAGGACGUGGUUACGGGAUCGAGCUUUCGAGGUGACAUGAGCAUCCCCCAAUCCCCCGCAUACCCCGAGAUCCUCGACCGUCUCAAAUCAGGCCAAAAGCUCCUCGAUGUAGGCUGUGCCCUCGGCCAAGAACUACGACACCUCGUUUACGACGGCGUCCCAUCAGAAAACAUCUACGGCUCCGAUCUACACGAUGACUUCUUCAAAAUAGGCUACGACCUUUUCGCAGAUCACUCAGCGCUCAAAUCAAAGUUCAUAAUCGGUGAUAUCUUCGAUGAUAACUCUGAUCUUGUGAAAGAGCUCUCUGACAAAGUCGAUAUUAUCAAUGCUGCCUCGUUCUUUCAUCUGUUUACAUUCGAGCAGCAAGUUCUUGUUGCGAAGAGGCUUAUCGGUUUACUUCGUGCUGUGCCUGGGUCUCUUUUAGUGGGGAGGCAGGCUGGAAGUACUGAGCCUCCUGAUCCGGAGGGGGAAGAUCAGCCUGCUCAUUAUAGACAUAAUCCGAGUACUUGGAAGAGGCUUUGGGAGAGGGUUAGUGCUGAGACGGGGACGGGGUGGGAGGUUGAGGCUUGGAUGGAUGAAUGGGUGAGGCCGGAUAAGGAUUCGAAGGAGGCGUAUAAGUUGAGGUUUAUUGUUAGGAGAGUUCAGUAA